UCUUUCGAACCAGAUGGUUAUUUCGGGGUAGCAUUAGAACGUGUUUAAAUCGCGGUAUCGGUACUUUCGGUUUUGUUACUUAGUUGAAUAUCCACGUGCCGAAUAAAAAUCAAAAUUAUCUAAUCUUGCGCGUUAUCGACUUUUUCCUCAGUUUACCAUAUUUUCCAGCCAAAGGACCGGUCAACUCUGGACAAAUUUUCCCGAGAGGUUCCGGCAUUCAUUAGGGUCUUCAAGUACUCGGACAUCUUUUGGAAAAUGGAGUCAUUUCCUGGAUCAAUGAAGAGAGGCCUUCGAUGAAUCUUGCGGCUAUCACCAUUUGCUUAAUAAUACGGCGAAAGGAAGCUUUCGCAGGAUAAUAUCAAGGAUUGUAGUUCAGGGUCGCAGGAAAUGGAAGAGUCCGUUAUGUAAUAGGAGUGGGUCCCGUUAUUCGAAAGGACAGGAUCGAUCGUGCUUUUGUAGGCACAAGUUAGUUCGCGCUUAGUUCGAGUUCCUCUUCAAUUUUGGCUGUUUUGUGGUGGUGUCCCUUUGUUCCCUACGUGUGACUUCAACAUUCGUCGGGUGCUGUGAUGUUGUGUGACGACAUGCUUGUUCGAAUCAUGGAGAAUUUGUCGACUCAUUGAGUUUGGUUCACCGAAAAACGUUUUGAUAACGCCACGUGCCUAGAGUCCCUGAUUUCUUUGGCAUGAAAUUUAACCAAAGCCUCAACAGUCUCUUUGGUGGCAAGGAUUGAGGAGUAUAAUACUUUGUGCGGUAAAAAGAUGGGGAAAGUUUCGUCUUAAUUAGCGUUCAUGCAUUAAAAAAUCUCGGAUACGUAUACCUACACGUUCGCCGUCGCGGAAAGUUUUCGCGGUCCUUACGCGGAAUGUAUUCGUAGUGGUAUUUGCGGCUUUCGUUCGUUCGGUGUUUGUUAACUGCGCCGCGUGUGAUUUGUGUGUGUUCAUGUAAUUCAACAGGAAGAGAUCCUUGGGAUUCAAUUUCUUGGUAACUCCUUAAUAUACUUACAUACAUCUUGGACCAUGAAAUUACGGGGUCAUGGCCUCAAAUGCUGUCCCAGUUUUCCCAGUUUUGGCUUCACUUCGGGCAAGUACAAGGUACAGGUACGGAGUCGUGGGUAACAACGAACGAUCCAUCAACAAUCUGGGAUUCGCCCAACAUUCAGCCUUUCUUCGAGAAUUCAACGAAUCGCGACCUCAUUGCAGCAGUUGGACGAACAGCACAGCUCCAUUGUAAAGUGCGGAAUUUGGGCGACCGUGCGGUAUCGUGGAUACGUAAACGUGAUCUGCAUAUCCUUACCAUCGGCAUUAUGACGUAUACAAAUGAUCAACGAUUCACAGCAAUGCAUAUGGAUGAUACUGAUGAAUGGAUACUGAAAAUUGUUUCAGUGCAGCCACGCGAUACGGGAAUUUAUGAAUGUCAGGUUUCAACGGAGCCAAAAAUCAGCCAAGCAUAUCGGCUCACAGUUGUAGUAUCGAAAGCAAAGAUCCUGGCCAACUCGGAGCUGUUCUUCAAGAGUGGUAGCGACAUCAAUUUGACGUGUGUGACCCAGCAGGCGCCAAGUCAACCGUCUUAUAUUUACUGGUAUAAGGAUGGUGAUUUAAUUAAUUAUUCGCAACGAGGCGGCAUAAGUGUUUUAACGGAACGUCAUACUAAAACCAGUAAAUUAGUGAUAGCUCGAGUGACUCCGUCCGAUUCUGGGAAUUAUACAUGUUCACCGAGCAAUUCAAAUUCGGACAGCGUAUUCGUGCACGUCAUCAAAAGUGAACAUCGAGCUGCCAUGCAACACGAAGGAGCAGGCAAUCUAAGACCAUUACAUCUUUGGACAAGUGGAUUUCUUGUUUUCCUUACAUCCUACCAUACAAAUCCGCCGGCAGCAAGCAAAACCCUAAUAAAUUUGAUAGUAGCUUGCCUUCUUACAUUAAUCCUUUGUGCUGUACAAAGAUAGCAUUAAAUACCGGAUAUUUCCUGUAAAUAAAUUUUACAAUCAAAAUAUGGACGACAUGCAAUUUUUAACUAAGUAUCCUUGUACGAAAAGCAUAGUAACAUGAGUAGAACCUACAGACCUACAGAGAGAAGAAGAAAAACUGACAUUGAAAAAGAUAAACUAUUUUCCUUUCGGCCAAUAGAUCGAUGAAUUAAAUAUAAACAAUUGUACUUUUAAAUGAAAGUGUUAAAAUUAAAAACAAUUAAGUAUAGUAUUGGUAGGCUAACUGUAACUGAAACCACUAGGAUAAAUGCAAAACGAACUUUAUAUCAAUAAUAAAUGAGUAAAUAAAUGAGUAGCAUAAACUGAGACAUGGACAACAGAAAUCUGUCAAAUCAAAAGAAUAGAAAACUAUAAUCAAAUUAGAUAUUGAAUCGAAGGGAAUCUCUGAGCGGAAUGAAUUUGCCACUUUUUUUAGGUCAAAUCCAAUUCAUAUUGAAACCAUUUUCUUGUCAAGUUGUGAUUCUGUGAAGUAAAAGAUGCUGUUUGACCUUAUUUCCAAUAUUGUAAAAUUCAAUGUUAUGUUUGAAUUCAAGGAAGUUUAAGUGAAAAGUAAAAAAUUAUUUUUAUUAACA